AUCGAUCAUAUCGCUGGCUUGUGCCAAUGUGCAAGCCCGUCGAUUAGUGGUUACCGGUUACCCUUGGCUCUCUUCAAUACACCUGUAAGCACUAUCAUAGUCUCACGGCCAUAUUAAUUGCAUCUCUCCUGUCAUCUAUUCAAUUUCUCCCAUGACGUUCUGGCAUCUCUGCAGGUCUUCCAGCAGAAACGAUGCAUUCUAAUCAGAGGGUGAAACGUUGACCGUUGACAUUGAACUGCCAACCUCAUUCCCCCGGCGAGCAGCAAACUCCGUACCUGCAUCUUUUCACUCGUAGGGCCAAAUAUGCAACUAUCAACUCCAAAUGGCAACGGCGUCCAUCAUUCCGAUCAUGUUGUAUGACUACGCACAACCAAUAUAUUAUCAUUCAGAUGUCCACCCAAGACCGUAACCAAUCCUCAAAGUCUUCAUAUUCCUCUCCAGGCGUGCUAGUAAAUAUGCAUGUCGCCCCUUGCUACGAUGUUUCUCGAACCCGCUCAGUCGCACUCCUCCCUCAGGAACUAGUCGAUCAUAUUAUCGACUUUCUACACGACGACAAGAAAACCUUGGCUCGCUGUUGCUUGGUCAACCACAUGUGGUUGCCCUCAAGCCGCUACCACUUAUUCCAUUCCAUCUCUCUCUCCAUCCGCAACCAUAAAGAUCGCUCACCAACUCACUCGGCGAGCAAAACCUUGAAAAGGUUCACCAACUUUGUUUCCAAACAUCUUUAUGCACGUCGCCUCAUCCGUUCGCUCUCCAUAUCCAAGGGUCAAGGCUCCUUUUCCGUGUCUAUCCAUUCGAGUCACCUCGUGGCCCUCGUCAUAGCUUUGUCUCGCCUCCAGACCCUCUCUCUCAAGAGCGUUUAUCUUCUCGGCGCAGACCCGAAAGACGGCAUCAGUCUACUCUUCCAGACCCAAUCAUGUCUCCGCCUUGACGAGUUGCGCUUCGAGUACGGCAUUUUCGCAGCGUCCGAGGACGCGCUUUUCGGCGCACCGUUCAUCGACUUCCUCAGCGCGUUCUCCCACAUUGACAAACUCUGUUUUCUGGGAAACGCGUCAUUCAGGGACAGGGAUACGAUAGCCGAGAUUCCCGACUUGCCAACAAAGGUCAAAGUAGCCACCAUCUCAGCUAUAUCGUUCCCACUGUGCUUCAACGGUACCAUAAAUCCCUACCUCCUUCGCACCAUCGACUUUGCCAGCAUUCGAUCACUGCAUACAGAUAUGUUUACGGACUUGCCUUCAUUCGCAGCGUACCUUCGUCAUCCCACGCUGCAUCUCAAACAUCUCCACUUGAACCUAAGACUACGACGCUCGUUUCUUAUACCCGCCUUUCCCAAUGUAGGAGCCUCCCUCAGUCAAUCGGGAACCGCUGCCUUAGAGGCGUUCUGUGUCGAUGUAGACGGUCAUGACACCUGUGCAAAAUGGGACGAGUUCCUCGAACUCAUAACCACUAUGCUUCAGCGCCCUUUGAAGCGCCUGGAGCUCAAUAUGCAUCUCACCUACCACGUUCCUUUACGCAGGAAUGCUUUCGCGCAGAAUAUGGCAUUGACUAGUUUCCGAUCGCUCUUGGAGCGUCAUCGCACGCUGAGACGCACCAUCAUAUCGUUUGUCACACCGGAGCAGGGGUGGGAGUGGGAGUAUACUGUGAGGGAAACACUGGGAUACUUCAAGUCAGAAUUUGCUGAGAUGUGCGAGAGGGGACGUGUCGUGUUGAAUGGUUCACUACUAGAGGACGGACAUGGUCCUGCCAAGAUGCAUUCUUAGUCAUCAGUAGCCAUUUCGCCGCCUUCUCUUUAUCGUUCAAGUUCAAUAUUUUGUUUACAUUACGAUCAGUAGGAAGUGGAGGAACCUGGCCAUCCGCAUUCGGGUGUUUGUAUACCAAAAGCGACAUUGUAGUGUAAGGGCGCGAUUAUCCCAAAAAUCAUAUUCGGAUAUUCAAUGU